AUGACUUUCACUUUCAAUCAAAAUGUUUCGGCACAGCAGCUGGCCGACAUUCUACCGAACGGCGUCGCCAUCCUCACCCACCGAUAUGAACUUGUCUCCGUGAAUCGCCGCUUUCGGGAACUCAUCCCAUGCCCUAGUGUCGACUUCUCUGAGUGUUGGUUGCGCUCGGUCCAUCCAGAUGACUACCACAGGGUGUCUACUGGGUAUCGAGAGGUCGCAACCUCCAAACGACCCCUACGUCUCGAAUACCACACCCGUGACCCGAACUCAAUUUGGUGUGUCAUGACGUUGGAUCGGCUGGAUGAUAAGGAUGUACAAUGCUUUGGAUUAGAAGAAGGCGGGGUGUUCAUAUGUACAAUCGCAGAUAUUACACCGGAAAAAAGGGCAGAGCUCGUACAAAAACAGGCUGCGGAAGAGGCGCUGGAACGCAAGCAGCAACAAGAGCGAUUCAUCGAUAUGAUUAGUCACGAAAUUCGCAAUCCUCUAUCUGCGAUAGUACAUUGCACGGAGGAUAUUCAAGAGGCAAUCUAUAACAAGAAGCCGGGGGAAAUCUCAGUCAUGGAUAUCUCACAGGCAGCCGAGACAAUCGGACUCUGCAUCAGACAUCAAAAGAAAAUUGUCAAUGACGUUCUCACCUUUUCGAAACUUGACGCAUCGAUGCUGCCAUUGUCGCCGCGAAAAGUCCAGCCACAGCGACAUCUCACCAUGCCGAUGGCGAUGUUCCGACCCGAACUCCGAAAGCAGGGGAUACAGUUUGAAUACAAAGCCGAUGUUUCCUAUGCCGAAUGCGGCAUUGAUUGGGUUAUGGCAGAUCUGGAUCGGAUGGGUCAGGUUCUCGUCAACUUACUCUCAAAUGCUAUCAAGUUUACCGCCAAAUCGGAGGGUCCGCGAUCGAUCCGAGUCUCAGUGGGUGCUUCGCUCGACCGUCCUCCUUCGUACCCACCAAAUAUUGUCUUCUUCGAUUCAGGUGAAGCAGCACUCCGCCAAGACGCGACUGACAAUCCCCAAUGGGGAAGUGGCGAAAUUGCAUAUAUUAUGGUCGCCGUCAAGGACUCGGGUAUUGGUGUCACCGAGGAAGCCCAGAAACGUCUCUUCGAACGGUUCAACCAAGCAACUCCUAGAACCGAGAGCAUCUACGGUGGCUCUGGCCUUGGGCUCAACGUGUGUAGGAAACUCUGCCACCUCCAUGGGGGUGAGAUUGGCGUGAGCUCAAAGGAAUCUCACGGUAGCACCUUCGGUUUCUUUUUCAAAGUGCGCAGAACAACCAACGAAGCCGGCGAAGAAGAUGAGAGCUUCGGUGUUUCUGCAAUUGAUGCGCUCUGCGUUGAUAUCCAGUCACUGGGAAAUAAAAUAAGCGGUGUCAAUCAAACGACGGAAGAGCCUCAGAUCCCGGAAAGUCCCCCUGAAGAUAGCCUCUCUGAGGCAAUGCCAGGUGGUCCGAAAGACGAGCACACAGUGCAUACCCACAGUAUAGCCCAAGAGGCCAAGAAUUAUGAGAUCAAACGGACGAAUCGAAAUUCUCCAUCUCAUCCUGAUCAGGAGAAACAAACCGGCGACGGUCAGCGUAUUCUCUUGGUCGAGGAUAACAUUAUCAACAGACGAAUCAUAUCGCGCAAGUUGAAUACACUAGGCUUUGACAUAUCGGAAGCGAGCAACGGCAAAGAGGCUGUCGACGCGAAUGAAAAUACCCCAUUCGACUGCAUUCUCAUGGAUCAGCAGAUGCCUGUGAUGGAUGGCAACUGUGCCACGAAAGCAAUUCGUGAUAUUGAAAAGGAAAGUGGAGGACAUGUACCCAUUCUGGGACUGACAGCGAAUGUCAGAGAGGAACAACAACAGGAAAUGUUUGACGCUGGAAUGGAUGAUAUUAUCCAUAAACCUUACGGCACUCAGGAGCUUGUUAAAAAGAUCAAUCGCAUGGUUUCAAAGCCAGGGAAACCAUGA